CUUAACGUGGAAGUUCACGAAUCAAUUACACAAACGAAUCAGUUGUUUACGAAAAUUUUGAAUAUUUUCGCUUAAAAAUGGAUUUAAUUAAAGAAGGAUACGAAGUUCUGUUCAUUUGGGAAGGACAAUUAAUGGAUGGAGUCGAGAAUCUUGUUAUGGAGAUGAAGAAAACAGCAAAAGUUCAAUUAGAGAAUUUGGAAAGAAUAGAAAUUGCUUCUUACCCAAAAUCCACUUUUGAUAUCAUAUUUGUGCAUGUCUCGAGUGUUUUAUCGUUAUUUGAUGACUCCCUUAAGAAUAUGUUGAACUUAGUAAAACCAAAAGGAAAAAUUGUGUUCAAUUUGAGUCAGGAUGAAAGCUUUGAAAAGAGAUUAUUGCUCUUAGGAUAUGUUAAUGCAUCAUAUAAUGAAAAUCAAAAGUAUCUUGUAGCAGAAAAGCCAAAUUAUGAAGUCGGAUCAAUGGUUAAGUUGUCAUUCGGUAAGAAGAAAGAAAUAUCAGUAAAUAAAAUCUGGAAGGUAGAUUUAAAUGACGAUGAUGAAAUGAUUGAUGAUGAUGACUUAUUGGACGAAGAGGAUAAAAUGAAACCAUCAGAGGAAUCUCUUCGAGUUUGUUCGACUACUGGAAAGCGAAAGGCAUGUAAAGAUUGCUCGUGUGGACUUGCUGAAGAAUUAGAAUCUGAAGUAUCAACAAAAAUUGUAAAUCAAAUACAAAAAUCGUCUUGUGGAAGCUGCUAUCUCGGUGAUGCAUUCCGUUGUUCUUCAUGUCCAUAUUUGGGUAUGCCAGCAUUCAAACCUAACGAGAAAGUCAUGCUUCCAGAAAUGAUGAAGUCAGACAUCUAAAAUCAUUAAUUAUAGCUGAAAAAUCUGAUCAAAGGAAAUAAAAACAGUUUUUGUGAAUUUUGCUAUU